AUGGGAGCGGCAGUGGAUCAUGUUUCCCCCAUGGGCAUGAGUGGAGGCUCAGGGCAGCGCUUUUCCUGCAAAAACAAGCUGACAGCGCUUGUAGUGGAUAAUGGAGGAGUAUGCCAAGCCAUACAGACUGCAAUCCUACGUUCCUAUGGUGUGGAAACAGAAGCUGUAGAGACUGGGGAGGCUGCAGUGGAGCUCAUUGCCUCUGGAGCAACUUUCAAUCUCAUUAUCAUUGAGAUGCUUCUGCCUUUCAUGAAUGGCCCUGAGACUGCUAAGCAGAUUCGUGCCAUGGGUGCCCAAAGCAAGAUUUUGGGUAUCACUGCAUUUUUUGAUGAAAGGGACCAACAAGAAUUUCUUGCAGCUGGAGCAGACAAGUACAUUGAAAAGCCAUUGUCACCAGAAAUUGUGAUCCCAAUCAUAAGGAAGCUCGACAACUAGAUGUGAAAGCGCACAUCAAAAUAGCUAGAGGACUUAUUGCAAUGCUGAUCACUAUCAUAUCAUAUUGUACCGUUAUCAUUUUCUAUGU